CCCACCCUAUCGAGCGAGCAAAAUGUCGCUUGCGCCGCCUCCGCCUUCUUCCCCUCGCCUCCGCGCCUUCCGCCGCGACGGAACCUUCUCCUCCGCCGGCCGAUCCCCCAGUAUCACCGGAUGCCUUUCUCCCCGCAGCGCUCUCUGCUCCUGUGGCCGCGCCGGACGCGCCUACUGCCUCUUCUCCGGCGGGGGCAACCGCAAGAAACAGGAUGAAGCAAGGAAAGCUCUGGAAAAUGCCCUGGGGCAGAAGAAGGCAGAGUUUGACAAAUGGGAUGUGGAGAUUGAAAGGAGGCGACAAAGGGGGCGGCCUAGAGGUCCUGCUACUGGUGGUGGAGGAUGGUCAGGAGGAGGCCUGUGGUUCAGGUGGCUUACCAGUGGAGGUUUCUGGGAUGCAGCAAAACAAAUUGUUCUUACAAUCCUGGGCAUUAUCGCAGCGUUUUUCUUGAUUGCAAACUUCAAUGUUCUGGUAGCUGCUGUUAUCAAUUCAUUGCUGCUAGUUCUGCGGACAAUAAGGCGCACACUCUCCUUCAUAGCUCGCUGUGUUUUCCAGGACGCAUUGGUUGAAAGGCCUGGACCAAAAUCAAGUACCCUAGACAACAGCAAUGCGGCUGCAUUGCCUGUGAAAGGAAGAGCUGGAAUGUCUGCGACAGAAAGAGUUGUAAAGAAAUGGGGAACGGACUGAAGUAGAGCACAGCUAUUCUUGUUAGCUUUCGUAUUGUUCAGAGUUUUUCUGUCAUUUUACCCGUUGUUUGUCAUGUUCAUGUAGAAGAUGAAAAUGGUAGAAGUUCUAACUGGUCUCUGUGAAUGAUAUCUUGCACAUUUCGCAAUUUUCUUGUAGCAUAUGAUUGAUCUGAUCCCUGAACUUUUAUCCACAAUACUGAAUUAAAGCCAUUUUUAUAUCA